GCAGAGAGAGAGAGAGAGAGAGAGAGAGGUGCUGUAGCCACCCUCUGUCUCUCACAGCAAAGGGGGUGGCUAGUUCCUAUCAGCACCAUUCCCGGGACUGCAGCUUCUCCACACACACACUCUCUCUCUCUCUCUCAGCAACAGACAAAACUAUGAAGACAGACCAGUGAGUGUUCCUGAGAGGGAGGUAGCAGCAGCAGCAGCAACAUGUACGGUCACUACCACCACUUCAUGAAACUCCCUGUCACCUCCAACCACUCUGCGAUCCAAGUGAACUCCACCUCGAUGAAUUCCCCUUCCCCGCACUCUACAGUGAACUCAAUGGUUGGCCAUCAUUCGAUGAUCGGUUCCUCAGCGAAUGCUUCACGCUCUCUCACCUCCUCCAUGGGGAGCUUGGCCUCCCCAGUGAAUGGAUUAGGGUCUCCGUAUCCAGUCAUCACCUCGUCAAUAGGCUCCCCCUCGGUGACCCUGCCAUCAACUCCAGGCAUCAGCUACGGAGCUCUCAACAACCCCCAGAUCAAUGCAGUCAACAACGUCAGUAGUACAGAGGAUAUUAAGCCACCACCUGGCCUCAGCGGACUUGGAAACAUGAACUGUUACAGCCCCAACUCAAUCGCUAAACACAUCUGUGCGAUAUGUGGAGAUCGAUCCUCAGGGAAACAUUAUGGGGUAUACAGCUGUGAGGGCUGCAAAGGCUUCUUCAAACGGACUGUGCGCAAGGACCUCACCUACACUUGUCGUGACACAAAGGAUUGCAUCAUCGACAAACGCCAACGCAAUCGCUGCCAGUACUGUCGCUACCAGAAAUGUCUGGCCACGGGCAUGAAGAGGGAAGCUGUUCAAGAGGAGAGGCAACGGGGGAAGGAGCGAAGUGACAACGAGCUGGAACCCAGCAGCAGCAUCAAUGACGACAUGCCAGUGGAGAAAAUUCUAGAAGCAGAGCUAGCUGUGGAACCAAAGACAGAGACAUACGUGGAUGCCAGUCCAGGAAAUUCGUCCAACGAUCCAGUCACAAACAUUUGCCAGGCCGCGGAUAAACAGCUCUUCACACUGGUGGAGUGGGCCAAGAGGAUUCCGCAUUUCUCCGACCUGCCCCUCGACGAUCAAGUCAUUCUCCUCCGGGCAGGCUGGAACGAGCUACUCAUUGCUUCAUUCUCACAUCGAUCGAUCUCAGUGAAGGAUGGCAUCCUCCUGGCCACAGGACUGCACGUUCAUCGGAGCAGUGCUCACAGUGCGGGUGUGGGCUCUAUAUUUGACAGAGUUCUGACGGAGUUGGUCUCAAAAAUGAAAGAUAUGCAGAUGGACAAGACUGAGUUGGGGUGUCUGAGAGCCAUUGUUCUCUUCAAUCCAGAUGCAAAAGGUUUAUCAAACCCAGGAGAAGUGGAAUCUCUGAGAGAAAAGGUUUAUGCAUCACUAGAAGCUUUUACGAAGCAUAAAUAUCCUGACCAGCCUGGCAGGUUUGCGAAGCUGCUCCUACGACUCCCGGCCCUUCGAUCGAUCGGGCUCAAGUGUCUCGAGCACCUCUUCUUCUUCAAGUUGAUUGGAGACACCCCCAUCGACACCUUCCUCAUGGAAAUGCUGGAGGCCCCUCACCAAAUGACAUGAUUGAAGAACCCCCGAGCGCCCUUACACGUCAAAUCUGUAAAUACUUUCGCUAAUUGUGUGAAUAGAAUUAAUGCGUCAUCUGUCUUAACUUGUAAAACGACACAUAUUUUGUAUCUUGAACAAGCACAGUACAGCAAUUAUUUGUUAGUUUGUACAGGGAAUUUUGAAAGAGAGACACAUCGGAAGAAUUUUAGAUCAAAAUUCUAUUCAGUGAAGAAUAAAUCAGGUUUAUAAAUCAGGAUCCAGAACAUCUCUCACACCCUCCGUCUUCAUCUCCAAUCGCUCACUGCCUAUUAUUGCUGCGGUGCUUCUCAACAGGGACGGUUAUCUGAAUGGGUGCUCCUGUUCCGGAGCCCUUGGUGUGCACAACUGGAAAGCAGGGAGAGCACACUCAGCGAUUGCCUCCCUUAUGCUCCCGACAGACAGGCACGCCUUCAGAAUAGCUGAACAGCAGGCUGAUUCUACUGUGUCAAACCUGUUUUAAAGGAAAGUGCCCCCCUUUAUCAAAUCUUAAAGUGGCCUUCAAGCAUGAGUAGUACUUAUAGAGUCAUAGAGAUGUACAGCACGGAAACAGACCCUUCGGUCCGACCCGUCCAUGCCGACCAGAUAUCCUAACCCAAUCUAGUCCCACCUGCCAGCACCCAGCCCACAUCCCUCCAAACCCUUCCUAUUCAUAUACCCCUCAAAAUGCCUCUUAAAUGUUGCAAUUGUACCAGCGUCCACCACUUCCUCUGGCAGCUCAUUCCAUACACGUACCACCCUCUGCAUGAAAAUGUUGCCCCGUAGGUCCCUUUUAUAUCUUUCCCCUCUCACCCUAAACCUAUGCCCUCUAGUUCUGGACUCCCCGAUCCCAGGGAAAAGACUUUGCCUAUCUAUCCUAUCCAUGCCCUUUAUAAUUUUGUAAACCUCUAUAAGGUCACCCUCAGCCUUUGACGCUCCAGGGAAAACAGCCCCAGCCUGUUCAGUCUCUCCCUGUAGCUCGGAUCCUCCAACCCUGGCAACAUCCUUGUAAAUCCUCUCCCUAUAGCUCAAAUCCUCCAAUACAUAUAAAUCACGCAGGUCUGACUAUUGCAGAGAAACAAGACGAAGCUUAUUGUUGAAGCUUUUCACCUUGUAUUAAUCAGGAUCAAACACAAGAAUACCAAAUCUGAAAGAGAACAGCAAUUUAGACUCCAUGACAAGACAGUGCUGAUGGGUUGUCAGUUGGGCUGUGGCACUGCAACGCUCCGACCAUUCAGAGUCCGCUUGACAAUGGGUCAAAACCCUCUUCUCACGUAGUCUAAACGGCUGUUCACUUUGGGAUUUGAUAUUCUUGCAGUUCUGUCCUGAUGGAUGUAAAAAUAAGCUUUAUCAGCAUCCAUCUAUUAUUUUAGCGAUAGUCCAGUUCUGUGCUACCAAGUGACUCUUGGUUUGAUUGUGUGCAUUCCACCUGAGAUUGUGACAAAUGGUCUCAAAUUCUGGCAAAUGACAGGCCUGGUUUCAGGUUUGAGGAUCAAUAUUUUGACCAUUCCUCCAAAUUUUACAUUUCACUAUUGGAGUAAGCGUGGUCACCAUUCUCCUCCCUAUGUGCAACACGGUCCGGUGGUACAGGCCAACACAGAUAAGAGUGAAGUGAUGCUUUCACACAGCCGGUUACCAAAGCUAAUGACGCAAAGGUUCAGUUCAAAGGCAAUUUGAAAAAAGAUUCGAAGGGCUGGGAUUAAAAGGAGAUGGGCAAAGACCCAGAGAGUGGGAUUGGAAUAGACAGCUCAAGAAGAUAACCCCAGCACAAUGGAUGGAAAACCAUUUUAUUCAAUUAUGGGGAUAUUGGUGUUGCUGGCAAGGGUGGCAUUUAUUGUCCAAUCCUUCAUUGCCCCAAGAUGCUAAUGAUACAACUCAUGUCUUGUUAAAACACUUCAGGGGCAUUUGAGAGUCAAACACGCUGGUGAGGACUGGAGCAGAUUUCCUUCCCUCAAAGAUAUGUGUGAACUGCUCACAUUUUUUACGACAAUCCCUUAUGCUUCAGGGCCACUUUUACUGAUAAUGACUAUUAUUAAUUCCAGAUUUCCUUUUCAAACUGAAUUCAAAUUUGCAAGAUGCCAAGUUGGGAUUUGAACUCGGUUUCUCUGGACUAUCAAUGAAUUUCCCAUUGUUAGUAAAUAGAAAUGUCAAAGUUAACGCGAAGCUGUUUGAAAUGCACUAAAAGAAAAAGCCGAAUUGUAGCUUCAAAUUGUUCGGAAUGAUAUUUUCAUUUGCACUCUCUAAGACUCAUCAUAUGUUUAUGCGAAUCAUGGGAUUUUAUUUUAAGCUUUGCUAUCUUAUUUCCUAUUCAACCAUCUGAGAUCCACACUCUGCCUAAAGUUCAGUCACUCACGCCCACUGUAUUGGCUCCGAUGUGUACAGCUGCAUAUCCAGAUGUAGCAUCCUUCCAGUUAAUACCUGUAACUGGCACCGUCUGCUGCACUCUGGCCCAGUUCCCCUCCUCUUCCCCCACAACCCCCCCCCCCCCCAAAAGUCAUUGGUCAUUUUAUUUGCCCUGUACCCCACCACACAGCCCAAUAUGCUCAGAAACUCUCGCACUGUGCUCCCGCCCCCCUCACUCCUGACCCUCACCCUCUUCAGAAAUGUUAUUCAAGCCUACCUUGUGGACUGGAAUCUCUUCAUCCUCCUCUUCCUCCUCCCUAUUGCGUCCGGUCUGGCCUCUUGCCCAACUCUGAGCGGCUCUGGCAGUUUUAACUGGGCAGUACUGUACAACUGCAGCUCCUUGGUGUUUGCUGAGACCCCCCCCUCCUUGCCAUUUGCAUGUGAUGGUAUUUCCAAAGCGAAUUACCCUGCCACAGAGCCAGUACAGCCACACUUGAUUUCCCCCAUCCCUCCCAGUGUUCCUGCAUGCACACCGUUCCAGCUUGGAUUGUGAGCAAGGUUGGGAACGCUUCAGGGGCCUCAGUAGUUCCCUCUCCAGAAACUGAGGGGAACAGAUUAGCAGCAGAAGGUGACCACAGGCACCGGGUGAGAGGGAGGUGAAAGAGAGGGGUUUGGUAGUGCAGGUAUAUGACUGUCAGGGGUGAAUGCACAGGUAGAAAACUCAGUAUAGAAUCGAUGUUGAAUUUUAUGACAGAGAGUUGGGCACGUGGGAGAAAAUGAUGUUUCAGUUGUAUGGUGUAUCAGUCAAAUCCCAUCUGAAAUGCUCCAAUGUGUUGCAGGCACUGUACCUCAGGUUAGUUUUUAAAACUUCAUUCAUAGGACAAGGCUAAGCUAGCAUUUAUUCCCCAUCGCUAAUUGCCCUAAGGGUAGGUAAGAGUGGGUCUGGAGUCACCCAGAUUAAGGAUGGCUGUUCCCUUCCCUUCCCUUCAGGGCAUCAAGUGAACCAGAUGGGCUUUUUCCCAACAGUUGAUCCAUGGACAUCAUUAGACUCUUUAAUUCCAGAUUUUUAUUGAAUUCAAAUUCCACCAUCUGCUGUGGUAGGACUUGAACCCAGAACGUUACCUAGCUUUCUGGGUUAACAGCCCACUGAUAAUUCUACUAGGCCAUCACUUCCCUUACGUAAGCAACGACAGAAUUAUAUCAAGGCGUAAUGACACAUUGUGUGGUUUGUUUUUCCUUGCACCUCGUGUGUUGAGUGUUUGUACAGAAAGGGACGUUCAAAAGGACUGGGUAUGCAGUUCAGAUAAAAGGGAGCUAUCUCUUCUGACAGGAGUCCAGAAGAAGGGGGCAGUACGAGAACCUCCCAUUGAGAGCGAGGUCAUUCAGGGGUGAUGCCGGGAGGAACCUUUGAUUUUACACAGAGGACAGUGCAAUUCUGGGACAGUCCACCUUGAAAGCUGGUGAUUCUGUGGUUCAGUUCGCAUUUUCAAGAAUAAGAUCAAACAGUUAUCAGGUCAGAAUGAUUGCAGAUCAAAGGCGGGCAGAUGAACUAGACCCCCUGUCACUUGUGGUGGGGCAGAACGGUGGCACAGUGGUUAGCACUACUGCCUCACAGCGCCAGAGACCCGGGUUCAGUUCCUGCCUCAGGCAACUGUCUGUGUGGAGUUUGCACAUUCUCCCCGUGUCUGCGUGGGUUUCCUCCGAAUGUGCACACCAAAAAUGUGCAGGUCAGGUGAAUUGGCCAUGCUGAAUUGCCCGCAGUGUUAGGUGAAGGGGUAAAUAUCGAGGAAUGGGUAUGGGUGGGUUGCUCUUCGGUGGGUCGGUGUAGACUUGUUGGGCCGAAGGGCCUGUUUCUACACUGUAAGUAACUAAUCUAAAUGACGAUGCAGGCUUUAAAAGGCUUUCUCAAUCAGUCCGUUUUGACUCCAUUUUCUUACCAGGAACACUAAACCCAAGCUUAUUUUAAAGAGAAGUGGGUUGAGACCUGAUUUAGAGUUAGAAUGCCGUAGUUCAUAGCGAGAGGACAUCAGUUUAGAAAUGGUCUCAUGGAAAUGAAGUUCAGUUAUAAUUCCAGUGAAUGAAGUCAGUGAUAUUAUUGGGGAUCAGCUGUACUGGCCUGUCUGCCUGGUUUCUCAGUGUAAUAACUUCUGGAGGAGUCAGUGAAGUGGGAUUGAUUCAAUGUGCGUCUCCAUCCAGUGUCAGGAACCUCCUAUGUAUCCUCUGUCCUCCUCCAGCCUCAGUUGCGGGCUCUCAGCUCAAGUAUCAGCAGCCCCUCCCAUCCCUCCCGUCCAAGUGGCCUUUCCUCCCGACCUGAGCUCAGGCAGCAGGCCUAUUCAACCCCAGGAAACCUCGUUCACCCACUGCAAACAAAACUCUGUAACUUUGGUGCCCCGUUACCUUCUUGGAAGCUGCCGGUUCUGACCGGGUCCAGCUCCUGCUCACACACCACCUGUACAUUCACAAUCGACUGACUACAGCAGCAGUACAGGGGGAGAGGGUCACUCCACAUCUACACAGCAACAUUUAUUUUUUAGUAAUUGUGCUAUUGCUCUUUAAACUACAUUGCCUGUAUAUUAUAUAUAUAUAAAAUAAUGUAUACAUAUAUAGUGUCUAGUUUAAUUCCCAGUAAUUCUUUUAGAGAACAUUUCUCCAGAGAGAACUUACUGCACCAGUUCCAAGAAUGAUGUUAAUGUUGGGUCUUACUUUGGUAUCAUCUGUUAUUCUCAUGGUUACCAGCAGCUACUCAGAAUUUUAUUGUUUAAGAAAUAAACUAUGCACUGUA